AUGGGCGAGGGGGAAGUAGGGGUGGGGCAAAGAGGUGAGGAGGAUGAGCUCUGUGAUUUUGCGAUUGUCGAGUUGGACAGGGAUGGGGAUAAGACUGGCGUAAUUACAGUGAGGCGGGGCUGUGUGGAUAAAUGUGUACUCACUGAUGUAAUCGGUCACGAGAUUACAGAAGCAGUGGACAUUUUCCGUGAUCCCGAGGCCCUCCUCAGUUUGGCGCAAGAAUUAGCCAAUCGAAAGGCGUCGACAAGUAAUUUUAGACCAUCGGAUGGAAUUUCCACGCAGGAGAAUGCUACCUCCCUCAUUGAACGUCUCUAUGGGCAUGAUGUUGCAACAGCUAUCCAGCUAGCUUGUGACACUUACCAACGCACAGACAGUGACCUCUCCGCCUCGUCGUCAUCCAUGCGUCUAACCCUGGGCUUGGAUACGCUCUGGAUCCUAGCCGUUGCAGCUGGAGCUGGAACUGGUCCCAUUGAAGACGUCCAAGAAGCCAGUGGAACAGUGAGGGGCUCAGUGGGCUCCUCCACCUCCACGCUGAUUGGUCAACGAAGUAAACGGAAUAGCAUGAGCAGUGUUCUUCCCGAGGCUGAGUUCUGUUCAACCCGGACACCCCUUCUGGAUCGAUGGCUCACCCGCCAGGAUGAGCGCCUAUUGGCUUGGUGUCAAGAUGCCACCCAGUCACCGGAAUUGUUCAGCUACCGGUUUCGACUGGAGAAAACACCAAUGCAGAAUUUAGGCCUGGCAUUUCAUCUCAUCACAAAGGAGUUCGCGGUGGCACGACUUCUCGAACCGGAAGAUCUACUCUCCAACGAUGCUGUAGAUGCACGGUCAGUUGCCAUCUACCUGAUUGAACUGCGUUUGGCCGUUGAAAUUGACCGACGGCGAAGGAAUAAACCGGCAUUUGAAAUACGCACCACCGCCAUGGAGAAUCAGGCACAAUUUGGCACUCCGGGCGAACCCGAUGCAGGUGUCACCGUCACCGUCGUGACCACAUCUUCGAGGAGUUCAUCUCCAACAGCCUCAGAAUUGACCUUCUGCUCGGAGGAGGCUAGUGAACUCGACGAAGUUAGUCACUUGGAGGAUGCACAGUUGAAUAUGUCGGAGUUUCAACAUAAAGCUGAACGCAGUCUUGCGUGGAUGCUGUCCAUGGAGGAGCGAUUGAGUGACAACUGUGCAGACCUGAAGGCAUUUAAUGAUGAUGGCAAGGUGACUGAGAAGGCAAUGCUUCAAGAUCCCAUGGCAGUAGCUGAGAAAGCUGAUUUGAUUGCCCUGGAAAAGUCACCAAUUGAUGAUGUCAAGUCGUUGAAUGAGACAAUUGUCAGCCGAUUGUUGGAGGCAAGGAAACGAUUCAACACUCAUGAGGAUUUGACUGCCCAUUUAACAAAGCACGAACCAAUGUUCCGUCGUUGCUUACGCUACGGACAACGACUUGCUAAUCUAGCCGAACAUGUUCAAAGAAUCUCCAACACGACUCCAUCCUCCACCACUGGCGAUGAUUCUGAUACUGAGCGUCAGCUAAUUGACCACCUUCAGUUUGUACAACCUGGUGAGGUUAAGAAAAUGCUCAGCCUUCUUCAAAAUCGGUGGACGAAUUUAAAUAGAGCCGCUGAAGCUGGAAAUCGCUUUCUCGCCGGCUGUCUGCUCAAUCGACAGGAGGCUGUGUUGAGUGCUGUUGAAAUACAACUGAAAAUGCUUGAAUGGGAAAGGGACCGACAAGCAACAGAACGCUUCGGAACAACUGUACAAGAGCUGAAGUCUCAACUGGUCGCCAACCGUAGACUAGAAAAUUACCUUGAAUCUGGUGAAAAGUUAGCCCAACACAUGCAAGAUAUUGUUAUUUUGGUGCCCUCCGAAACUCCAGACGCACGAGAUGCCAAUGUCGAGGGACGUAUAGCCACUCUGGCUACUCAGUGGAGCCGACUUGUGGAAUGGGUGCACACGCAUUACGCACAACUGCAAAAUGCCCUUCUUCACUGGCGGCAUUUUGAGGAAGAAGCUGAUGUCUUGUCAGAGUGGCUGAGUCAACUGCAACGAGAAGCACGUGAGGUGGAGGAGAGAAAAACACGAGAAAUGGAACAGAGAAUGCUAAAAAUGGAGGGAAUGACUGGAAGCAAUGCAGCAGAGACGGAAGACGAGGUAACGCAGCAGGCACGGCUAGUCAGUGAGGCCGUCUCUGAAGCUGUUUCGCCGCCUCUUUCUAAAGGUGGAUCGGUAGAGCGUCUCGUCUAUCGACUUGUCCAAUUUGCAUCAGAAGAGGUGGCGCUGGAGAGUUUUCAAGGUGGUUGGAAGGAGGCUCUUGAGCGCUCUACGACAAAAAAAUUGGCUCCACAUCUUUCCUCUAAGUGGAUCGUAACAGUCCACGUUUGGCGAGUUAUUCAGGACCUUUCGGUGACUAAAAAGACUUACCACAUGAUGCACUUUCAUGAGGGCGAGAACUUGCCAGGUCGACGGCUCAGAUCUCGCUUAUUUAAAAUCGAGGAGAGUGGUGUCAGGACAAAUGUAAUCGUUGUCGUGACCCGGUGUAUUGAUUGGCCAAGAGGUCGUAAACACCUGCCACCGCGUUUCUGUCGUGUGUACACACGAUGCGUUGAGUUCACUCUGACCUUGUUUGCCUGUCUCUCUCGCUACGAGACACGGUGGGCUCAACUAUUGGCGAGUUUGGAUAGACGUGCAAGCGCCGUGCGUGAGGCCUGUGGUGACUCCAUUGAGAUUCAACACGCCGUUGAAACACGUGUGGACGCCCUAGUUUCACAGUGGAGUCAACUUACCGAACCCCAACUGGACUUGGAGGAGAACUCGCUCACUAUCACCUCGAGGUUUGUUAUCCCGGCAAUGCAGCAACCAGAUGAAGCGCCACUACGUGAAGGUCAACCUGCCUCCGACGGAGCAAAACGCCCGGCUGAUGGUGCUCCUAGCACGGCUCCGGAAAAACGUGUUAGCCUGGAAUCCGGUCGACUUGCACUCCUGCCAACAGGCUAUCGCGCUGAAUUCGAGAGUCGUGCGGAGAAAUUGUUGAAUUGGCUAGACUCACGAAUAGAAUUGCUUGAAUUGGUCACAUUGAAGGCAUACGAUGAAGGCCAGGAGCAGCGAGCCACCACAGAGCCGAGGACGAGUCAGCCCUCUAAAUCACCAAGUGAGGUGAUUGCGCGGAUUGACAAGGAGCUGCCAGAAGCCAAAGAAAACAUGGUUAUCGUCAACUCACUCGGUGAACGAUACAGGCGAGAUCUCAGUCAAGCCGGUGAAAAUGUUGACGAAUUGGAUCAGCUUUUCGAUGACAUUGAGGAGAGGUGGGGAUUGCUCGACCAGUUCUACAAAAAGGCGACUGCACAGACCGUAGCUUCAAAAGCCGCGACUUCUGAUGAAACAGCCUCGCAAAAGUUCCCUUCACCUUCUCCUCCUCCCCUAUCGGAAAGGAGUCCACAAAAUAUUUGUAGAUCUGUGGAAUCCUUCAGACAGUGGCUAACAUCGGCCAAAAACGAAGCAACCUGUCCUAUCAACUGCAAAGAUGGCAAUAACCUCGACGAUCUUAUCUCCAAUUUUACGCGAGUGGUUCAAAUGCAACCGAGAACGGCAGUUGUGGAGCACUUUCUAGCCACUCUGACGAAACAGGAGGCGCAAGAGUUGACAGAGGAGUGGCAGCAGGUCAGAAACCUAAUCAGUGAAAGAGUUCCGGUGCUGCGAAAUCUCUGCGAGAAUCACGACUUAUUCAUUAAUCAAAUUGAGCGAUUUGAAAAACUCAUGGGAGAUAUGUUUGACUACCUCGAUUCGGUGGCUCAAGCCACCAAUGUCCAGCCGCCAGCAAUCGAAGCUCAACUGGGCGAGUCUAUAGAAGCUCUCCGUGAUAUGGAGAAGAUGCAGCCAACACUUGGUCAUCUGGAUGACAUAGUUGAAGAGCUAAGAAGCUUCUUCAGCGAACCCUACAUCAAAAAGUUAAACGAGCGCCUAGGCGAGUUGAAACGCACUUGGAAUCGGGUAAAGGAGUUGACGAAUGAGAAUAUUCUCUUCCUUCGUGGAAAGCUAGAAUCCGCAAUCGUUUCUAAGAAGGCAAAAAUAGAGGUGGAGGAGGAGAAGUCUACGGAAGACCAGGCCAGUGAUUCAGUUGCCUCGCUUCACUCCGCAGUCCAGGGAUUGCCUAUCACAGCAACUAGUGGAGCUACUCGGAAUCAACAACCGGAUACCGUCAUGGAAUUUGAAAAGGAGCUGGCCUCCAAACGCCCAAUGAUUGCGGCCAUUCGAAAUGGCGAGGUCACAGACGCCACAGGCAAACCAGUGUCGGAGAAGACCGCUCUUCUAUUCUCCGGACACUUUGCUGACUUGGAAUCGGAGUAUGCCGCCGGACAGGAGCGACUCAAAUCUGCAACAUAUCACUUCAAUGACUUUAAAUCUCUGAUGUCCUACGAAAAACACUGGUUGGAGCGUGUCGAUUCCACGAUACGUAAAUCGAAGCAGCAGGUGUUUGUGGACAUCGGCGACAUCUGUGACGACAUUAUGGCCUUUGAAAAUUUGAAGUCAGAACACUCGGAAGACGAUUUUGCCCGAUUAAAAAAGAUUGUGGAACUCCUCUCUUCCGAGGGAAUUAUGUCCCAACAAUUGAGCGCAGAAUUUGAGGCCUAUGCCAUCGGGGUUACAAACGCUCUUAAAGAGCUUAUCCAGCGACUCGAGGAGCUGAAAAAAUUAAAGGAGCGAACCGAGGAGAUACAGAUACGCUUAGACGACUACGAGUCAUGGCUAAAUGAGAUAUCGAAGGCAGUCCAGCAGCGAAUGGGAGAGAGCGAAACAGCAGACUCGAGUCGAGGUGAAUUCCUUGAAUGGUGUACCCACAUCGCUGUGAUGGACGGGGUGGUGUCAAACGUUAAACGUGACCUAGCCAAGGACUUGAAGAGUGAUUCAAUGGAGGCUCGGGUACCUGAUAGCCUUGUUGAAAGGAUAAAUUCUAUCCAGGUGGAGGCGUCUAACCUCAAAAGACACCUUCUCCUUUUCACUUAUCCCACUGAUGUCCGAAAUUCCAUUCAACGAUGUCGUGAAAUCACGAGGGAACACGACGUUGCGGCCAUCAAUUUGGAAAUCGUCUCUCUAAUCAGUGAACACAUAGCAGGAUUAAUCAUGAAGAGUGUUGAGUUGAUAGAUCGUAUCCACAAUGGUCAAAAAUUGAUUGAUCAGUUGCAGGACAAGGUGUCAUCUGUCACUCCACCACCUGAACUACGCAAUGCUAAUACAGAGUUGAUAGAGGAGUUGAGAGAUCUCCACGAGAAGAACGCAAAAAUCCUUGAUCAUGUCAAACGAUUCGAAGAAGGUGUUGAAAAGCUGCAACCGUUUGCAGAUCGCUACUCCCAGAUUGUCGAUCCACUGGAACAAGUCAUGAUAAAUGUGGAAGAGGUGACCGAUUAUCUAGAAACGGCUGAUACUCAGAACUCACACAUCGACAUGCUUCAGAGAGUUCUUGCUGAACUGUCUGAAGUUCUCGGUCGGGAGGAACGAGAACCGCCUUCCACCAAGCGUUCCAUACCUGAUGAAGAUAAAUCAACCCUUCAAAAGUUAGAAGAGCUACUUGUUCAAAUUGAAGCCGAAAUUACUCCAACAGAGGGUCUCAAUAGUACAAUCGCCGAUGUGCGUCGAGUGAUUGACAAGGCCUUUGCGGCCAGGAAUGCAUUUCGGGCACAGGUCAAUGGCCUAGUCGCUGAGUCCAAUGAAAGCUCAGCGACAGAAGCCACCGAGAUUAGGAUUGUACCUCAACAACCAGCUACCUGCUUGGAGAGUACUCAGAAGCCUCCAGCCAAGGUGGAUGUAAGCGAGGCCAAAAAUGGAGCUCCAGAACAAUUGCUCUCCACCUUGUAUACAAGAUCAAACCAGCUGACUUCAGAAAUGGUAGCGUUCUUUGAAGAUCUUGUUACCUUCAACAAGUUCUGUGUCAACUUGGAUCAAUCAGCCAGGUCACAGAGAGAUAAGGAGUCAGUGGAACCGUUACAAACGACAAUUGCAAAGAUCCGAAAGAAAAUUGAGUACUUCAGACUACAGUCACAGUACCUGGAGUCCCGACUGAAGGACAUAUUGAAGGCUGCCGAGGAACUUUCUCAAGAGGACAAAAAAAUUGUCCUAAAAGUUCAGAAACUAUGGUCUGACUCGAGGAGUAAUAUGUCCUGGGAGCUUGAACAGUUCAGACAGUUAGCGGAGCUUCUGAAGACCGCCGAUACCGCACUCUCCAAAUAUGAGAGACUACCGACCAACAGUGAUCGUCAGGCCUGCUUGACCUACAUAACACAACUGGAGGAUACCUACAACUGGAAUCUCACGCAGGAUAGGGUGCGGCUAGAAGAAGGAGAACAUGCUGAAACCGCGCGUCGUUUAGCAGCAUCCAAUCAUUCCACAGAUCUUCUGGCCAAAUUAAUACCUUUUCGGGAAUGUUUACAACAAUUUGUGACCCAGUUGAAUGAGAUCCAGGACGAGUUGCACUCCUGUCAGAGCAUUCCUACGCAUGAAUUGUCUAGCCAGAUUCAGAGCUUGGAUCAGUACUUUAUUCUCGCCCAAGAAGCCGCUUCGAAAGCAACCAACAGCUUGAUUAAUUGCAAAACUGGUCAACCCCCAGUAUCAGUUGAAAAUGAGGGUGAAAAUGAACUCCUAGCAACCACUCUUUGGCUUGACGCUGUGCUAGAGACUCAGAAGGGACGACUCAACGCCUACUGCAAUGAAUUCCAUCUUUGUAGACCCUACUGGCAAGAGUAUGCUAACCUCUGGCAGUCCUUCAUGAACGAGGCCAUUCGACAGAAGCACCAGAUUGAGAUGCUUCAGCUGGAUCGUCUACCUAAGGAGGAUCAAGGCAGUGCGGAAGUCAGUGUUGGAUCUGCACGGGACUACGCAGUGAAUCUCUGCUCCUCUGUUCUAACCCUUCAACGCUUGGGCAGCAGGAUUGUUUGGAAAGCUCAGAGUGGUGAGAUUGGCAAUGGACUAGACGCCGAUCUGUACCUUCAACCUGUUUUUGACAAACGUUGUUCCCGCCGUCCACUGAGAGUGGAAUCCACCCUUCACGACGAUAUUACAUUUGUCAAUGAGACAUUUAACACCUUAGUUGAGGAUCUGCGUGGACUAUCAAAGAAGUAUUCAAUUGAAAGCUUCCUGCCGCCAAAUCUACGAAUUGAUGCCACCGGAAUUGACGAUUACCAAGCCCCAUCCAAGUCAGACUCGUCCAGUGAUUCGGAGGGACUCCAGGAAACAACAUUUCCAAACACACAGAAUCAAAAAUGCGAGGACACUGGAAUUACGGAUUUUGAGGCCUGUCUCAACCGUCUGAAGGAGGAGUUGGCUUGGUUGCAGGAGAAUGAUCUCCACAUACCAAUCAUCGAUACACCGUCCAAUUACAUUUCUAAAUUGGACGGUCAAUUCUGGCUUUCACCGGGGACCUCUGGACCCAUUCAGAUAGAGUCGUGUCCGUCCGCUUCCUCCACCUUCGGUCCAUCAUCGCAAUCGCAUUCUGUAGAACUUACCGAUGAGGAGGUGCUGCCUCCUCCUUUCACUCGCCCUCUAUACUCUCCAGAUAUGGAGAAACUGGACGCCAUCCUAAAAACCCAUGAGAGGCGUUCAGCUCAACUGUGUGCCAUCUCUGAGAAGGUAAGUUCAAGCCUAGAGGACAUGGAGGCGCAAAGACAACUUCACGAAGCGUCUGAUGAGCUUCAUGCCUGUAUGGACGCAGCAAGAGGAAUGAUAGAUCGUCGUCGAACUCGACUCUGUGAUUGGUUGUCCACCUGCACGGCUAUUGAGGCAGCCAUGCUCAUGGAUUCGGACGGCGAGGAGGUGGGCAAGGAGAAGGAACAGGUGCUACCUCAGUGGAUCAUGACAAUCAGGGAGAGACUGGAAAAGUCUUUACCCAAUUUGGACUCCCCAUUGUGCAAGAAGGAAUUGGAGCAAUUACGGAGUGAGUUCAGUCCAACCGGAAAUGGCACAGGACAGACUUUACAGGCGGUUGAAGAGGCGUUUGAAAAUUAUCAGUCAGAUGCACGCCUUUCACUCCAAUCUACACACCGUAACUGCGUAACUCCACAAUUGGAUGCUGGUGUCGUGCAGGGUAUCAAAAAGAGCCUCUCCGAGUGGAAGUCGGUUUGUCGCCUCCUUCGAAUAGAUCGAGCUGGGCAGAUUACACCGCAAGCUUCUCAUGUACACCAGGCUUCAAUGUCAUCGCUGGAUACAAAUCUGGAAACCUCGGUACGAAAACUUGCCUUUUGGUUAGACACGGUUACAAGCUACCUCAACUCCACUGUGGCAUGCCUUGGUGGAGACUUCAACCAAGACGCCGUAAUAGCUCAUAUCAAGAAUCGCGUUGGUGAUAGAUCAUCCUAUACUGUGAGGUCCCUCUAUCCCGCAGUCAUCCAAAUCCAACUUCAGCAAUAUGCCAUCGAGUUGGAUGCUCGUAAGCCACAACUCGACAAAUUGGCCAUCGAAACGGAGCGAUUAGACGAGGAGUUACGCAACAUGGACAACACCUCCACCAGCCAGCUCUCUGCUAUGGGUGAGUUGUCUCUCUCUUUUCUCUCCGAUGUCUCUUUUAGUUUUCCAUACCUUCUGAGCCACUUCCUCUCUGAGCUUGAUAUGCAGUUCUUUGUGGUUGGAUUGCCCUAUCCUAACGAAGAUAAAUGA